GUCUUCUAACAUUUAUAAAUUGUGCCUACGUUAAAUGGGGAACACGAGUGCAGGAUGUAUUUACUUAUGCUAAAGUUGCUGCUCUUAUUGUCAUCAUCACAACUGGACUUGUUAAAAUAUGCCAGGGAUAUUCAUCACACUUUGAGAACUCCUUUGCGGGAUCCUCUUUUGAUAUUGGAGACAUUUCCCUUGCACUCUAUUCUGCCUUGUUCUCUUACUCUGGGUGGGAUACACUCAAUUACGUAACAGAAGAGAUCAAAAACCCAGAAAGGAACUUGCCACUGGCUAUUGCAGUGUCUAUGCCGAUUGUCACUGUUAUCUAUAUUAUGACCAAUAUAGCUUACUAUACAGUGCUGGAUGUCGAAGCCAUUCUUUCUAGUGAUGCUGUGGCAGUGACGUUUGCUGACCGAGUAUUUGGUAUCUUCAGCUGGACAAUUCCCAUUGCUGUAGCCUUUUCUUGUUUUGGUGGACUUAAUGCUUCAAUUCUAGCAUCAUCAAGGCUAUUUUUUGUAGGAUCUCGAGAAGGUCACCUUCCUGAUCUGUUGUCUAUGAUCCACAUAGGGAGGUUCACACCUGUGCCAGCACUGCUCUUCAAUUGUGCUAUGACCCUUAUUUACCUGGCUGUGGAAGAUGUCUUCAAGCUUAUUAAUUACUUCAGUUUCAGUUACUGGUUUUUUGUUGGUCUGUCUAUUGCCGGGCAAUUAUAUCUACGUUGGAAGGAACCAGAUCGACCCAGGCCUCUUAAGCUGAGUGUGGCUUUCCCAAUAAUAUUCUGUAUAUGCACGGUAUUUCUCGUGGUAGUGCCACUCUAUAGUGACACUAUAAAUUCAUUGAUUGGAAUUGCCAUUGCUUUAUCUGGAAUUCCAGUCUUUUUAUUGGGAGUCUAUUUACCUGCAUCAAGAAGACCUCAGUUUAUCAACAAGAUUUUAGGUGCAGUCACACGAAAUAUGCAGCUGCUCUGUUACUGUGUUUUAACAGAGAUAGACACAAAUGAAGAAAAGAAGUUAGAAGUCAAAUCCAACUAAAAUGUCAAAGCCAUUACAAGAAACAGGAGGGAGAAUAAAGCAAUUAUGACAACAAAAGGAAGAGGUGGAACUGGAAAA